CGCUCCGGUCACUGCUCCCACCGCUCUCGGGAGCAACUGCGCUCCGCGUGUGCCUCGUUCGCUGAGAGCUCCUCUUCCUCGCGACGAUGGGACACGGCGCGCGCCGCUGCAGGGCUCAGGUCGCGGUGGUGGCCGCGCUGACGCUGAUGUGGCUGGCGCCGCUAAUUAAAGCCCUCUGCUAUCCACCGUGCUACAAUGGAGGUACCUGCUUGAACAGUAACCGGUGUGCCUGUCCCAAGGGAUACAUGGGUGCGCGAUGCACCAUCGCGCUGUGCCGAGAGGGCUGCGUCAACGGCGGGCGCUGCGCGGCUCCCGGCGUGUGCACCUGCAGGGACGGCUACUCGGGGCUUCGCUGCGACAAGCCCAAGUGCGACGUCCCGUGUCGUCACGGCGCUGUGUGCGUCGCACCCGACACGUGCGAGUGCAAGCACGGAUCUCACGGGAGGUACUGCGAGAAAUUUAAAUGCAGAUCCAAGUGCCUGAACGGUGGUGCAUGCGUGGGUCCAAAUCGCUGCAAGUGUCCUCCGAAUUAUGGCGGCGCUCAAUGCCACAAAGCACUCUGUCCGAGUCCCUGCAAGAAUGGGGGCAGGUGCUCUGAUGGGAGGUGCAUUUGCCCUGCUGGGUUUCAGGGUCAAACUUGUGAGAAGAGGCAGUGUGUGAUGAGCACGAUAUCGCAGUCGUUCCGUCGUGGAUACAGCCAGCUGAGCAAGCACCGCGUGGCUGUCAGCUGUGGUCCCUGGAGACCCCGCCACGCCUGCUACCAGCUCAAGAAAUCCUAUACGAUGAUCUACAGAACAUUCUACCGCACGGUUUACGUGUGUGGGAAGGACCAUUUCUCAGCGGACACAAACAUCUGAUGCCCUCCCGCUCCAUUGCUUCAACACAAUGCCUGAAUAGCUACAGCUGUAGCCUUUAGUAGCCUACAAUAAUGCAUGCUUUUUUUGUAUCAUUGUAUUUAGCAAAUGCCUUAACAUUUUCAAAAGUGCAGGAUCAUACUGUUUUUUGACCGUGUUUUUUUGUAUCUGCAUAUCCAAACAUUUCAAAUGUGCAUGCAUUUGAAUCACAAUUGCAAACAUCAUACCUCGAAAUAUUCCGCGUAAUUACGUUUAGUAAUUCACACACGGUAAUAAAUAUGUGUAAUGGUGCUAUAUCUACGGUUGUGAAAUUUCAAAUAGUGUUACUCAAACGUGUAAAUAAUGACGAUACCAAAUGAUAAUUGGAACAAUUAUUUACACAAUGAAGGGUGCAGGAUGUGAUCGUCUGUGCACAAUGUUAUACGCAAUAUAUCAAAAUACCUAUUUUAGUGUUGCUUUUAAAAGGGAGUGUACGUUACAGGUUACGUAGCUUUACUGUACAAUGUGACCUCUGUUUUCUUGUUUAGACACCGAAAAUAACCAUUGUUAUCAUGACAAUGUCAUAGCAUGAUGGCUUGUAAUCGCCGAUGGCUUUUAAAUUGCUCAUGUUUUCUAGUAGACAUUUGGUUUGCAUUUCACAUAGAUAACUGAUAUACUUCUUGUAGUAACAUGUUUUUUACAUAUUUAUCCUCAAAGCAAGUGUCACUACUUACAUUACACCGUAGCAUAUUCCCGAUUGAAUGACGUGGUUUCUUAAUUAACUAGUUUUUAUUAAACUGCUACACUGCACCGAUUAAUAUUGAGGUUAAUCUACAACCACUUUCUAUGAAUGCAUCGAUCAUAAAGAUGAUAAAUGA